AUAAUAUUCCCCUCCCCCCGGAUUUUUGUUUUCCCGGUUGUCUUUGCGGUCGUAGUUCUCUUCCAAAGUGGCCAUUUUGAAAUUUGGUCUCAGUUUGAAAAUAGGUAAAGUAAUCCAUUGAUAUCUUGUCCAUCUUGAUUUGUUCUUAUAAAAUCAUUACAAUUUUGAUAAAUUUGGUACCGUUUCUGAAAUAUUUCGCCAUUUUUGGGAGUCUUUGUGUGUUAUCCGCGGUUAAAACUGAUUGUGUUUAUGAACACGUUUGCAAUUCUUAUCUUAGAGGCAUUGAUUAUAAACAUGCAUCUGUUAGGCUUGUUUACACUCAGACAAUAUGACGCUAACGGGGGAGCUACUCUUGUAAACGUGGACUACACCAGUGUAUUGUGUUGGCAUGUCUAUUUUAUGUGUGACCCCAAUAAGUUCCCAAAUAUAUAUAUAACAUAUGAACAUUAGAACAUACAUAUUUUAUAAUAAUAGCCUAAUAGGGACAUUUAAAUCCUUGAAUUCUUGCUUUAGUUUUACAUUGACAUUAACCCAUUGAGCACCACCACUCUCUCCUUGAUGAGUAAAAUUGUCUGGCAUUAGACAAAGUAAAAUAAUAAAGUAGGGUGCAUAUUUGCCAUUGCCCAUUGGGGUGCAAAUAUGCAACUUGAUGGGUAAGAAUUCCAAUCAUCACUCCUUAUUGAUAUCUAACACCUUCCAUUCAAUCCUUUAGUCCCUUGUUUUACUCCUUCUGACUGUACGAACCUGCAAAUUUGAACUUGGAUUUCUUUUUCUCUUUGUUACUAGACAUAAGAAACAAUGUCGUCUCCCCAACUGGAGAUGGCCGUUGGCCUAAAAAAGGGACAUAAGGUCACCAAAAAUGCAAUGAAGCCAAAACCAUCCAGGAGAAAGGGAGUACGUAAUAAACUUGUAAUGGCUGUUUAGAUGGAAGCCGGGCUGGCCCGAUUAAGUUAAGGGGACAGCCUGGUUAGCGAGAUCUUGCCAUGUUCAAACUAAUUUCUAAUUUUCUGCUAUAAAAAUAGCUCAGUUGGAUAUCCGAUUUUAAACUUGGAUACUGGACAUCACAAGUCCAUACCUACUUGAAAUCUGGUAUCCACCCACAAUAUCCAGUAUCCUACAUUUGGAUAAUAUACAUUCUACUUUGCAGUAUCAAAACAUUGAAGUAAAGAUUAAAUGUCAAUUUUGCCUCAAUAUGAUUUAAAGAGUUAGAACUGCUAAAUUUGUAUGGUCUAAUUUAUCUCCCUAAAAAUAUUGAUGUUUUUUAGGUAUGUAACAAACGUGUAAAACUUAUCCGUGACCUGAUCAGGGAAGUUACCGGAUAUGCACCAUAUGAAAGAAGAUGCAUGGAAAUGUUGCGUGUAGGAAAAGACAAGAAGGCUCUAAAAUUUGUCAAGAAAAGGGUAAGUAUAUUUUAUAUUCUCUGGCACAAGAUAAUGUUGAAAUGGAAUACAAAAUGAAAAGUUUAAAUAUGAAUGAAAAAUCGCAUCAACAUGCAGAAAAUUGUAUAAGAGUAUAAAAAUAGUGUGUAUAGUACAGUAUAAAAAUGGCUAAUGUGAUAUUCUAUUUUAGCUUGGUACCCACCGUCGUGGCAAGAAAAAACGUGAAGAAAUGCAAGCUGUUAUUGCCGCACAAAGAAAGGCUCAGCAUUAAAUAUUUUCAUCUAUCGUUCUAAUAAAUGUUGAAAA